UGAAAUCUGCUGUGGAAAGCGAGUUGAACUUUUAGACUUUGUGACCACGGAUGAACCAUGGCUACAAUAACGUGUCGAGUGCAAUAUCUGGAGGAUUCAGACCCAUUUGUGUGCACAAAUUUCCCCGAGCCCCGCAGACCUCCGCAGUAUGACUUGAACGAGCAUUUGCCGUUGAACGAACAGAUCGCCGGUGUUCACAAACUGCUCGAAGCGCCUUUGAAGUUAGAGGAGUGUGCACUGCAACUGGCUUCUAAUGGCAACUAUCUGGAUCUGGAUUCAUCAUUUGCUGAACAGAGAGAUGAUCUGGAGCAGCUCUAUGAAGAUGUGGAAAAAGGCAAAAAGCCCAUCUUGAUUCUCCGUACGCAGCUCUCAGUGCGGGUUCAUUCCAUCCUAGAGAAGUUGUAUAACUCCCAUGGCCCUGAGCUCCGGCGGUCCUUGUUUUCUUUAAAGCAACUCUUCCAGGAUGAUAAGGACUUGGUUCCAGAGUUUGUGCUCUCCGAGGGUCUGACAUGUUUCAUUAAAGUGGGUGCUGAGGCAGAUCAUAACUACCAAAACUACAUCCUCAGAGCUCUCAGUCAGAUCAUGCUGUUUGUGGAUGGAAUGAACGGUGUUGUAAACCACAACGAGACGGUACAGUGGCUGUACACGUUGAGUGGCAGCCUGUCUCGGCUGGUUGUGAAGACUGCUCUGAAGUUGCUGAUAGUGUUUGUGGAAUACACUGACUCCAACAGUCCACUCCUCAUUCAAGCUGUCAACACUGUGGAUGGAAAGAGAGGUGUGAAGCCUUGGACGUACCUAACAGAUAUCCUGUCUGCGAAGAAUGGAUCAGACACAGAGCUGCUCAUCUACACUAUGACCCUCAUCAACAAGACUCUGGCAGCGCUUCCGGAUCAGGACUCAUUUUAUGAUGUGACAGACUGUUUGGAGCAGUUAGGAAUGGAAGGCAUCAUCCAGAAACACAUGGCUAGCAGUGGCACAGAGGGUGACCUUAAACAGCAGUUCACCAUUUAUGAAAAUGCCCUCAGGAAUGAAGAUGACGAGAUGGAUGAUGCAGCACCUCACAUCCGUAGAGACAGAAGGAAACUGACCCCCAGCGAGCAGGACGGCAGGAGGAGCCGGCGGUCAUCUUCUCACAGUCUCCCAGAUAAUUCCUUUCGACCCGCUUCCCCAACCGUAUCCGUUUCUUCUAAUAGCCCUACACUAGAGGUGAUGCGCACAGCCUCCCCUCAGCAGUCAGAUUCCUCUUAUUCUCCUGUUCCUGGCAGUCCUGUGUUGACCAGCCCAUCUUCUACAACAUCUGGCUCCCUAACUCCACCCCUCGCUCAGUUGACUAGCGGAGCAGAGACUGUUGCCACCUCUGAGCAGGAAAAUAACUUGGGGCGCUCUUUUAUGAGUCAGUACAUAGCUCACAUGGGGAUUUCUAGACGGAGGUUAAAAAAGGAGAGGUCAAUAACUGAGGAAACCUCAAGCAUCUCCAACAGAGCGUCUUUCACAGAAACGGACUCUCCUCAGGAGAUCCCUGCCCAGCCAGCUGCAGAGCAACCCAGCCGGACAGAGGGAAAGAGAGUCUUCAAACAGCACCAGGCAGACAGUUUUUGUCCAGAGAGUGUGAAUAGAGACUUGCCGGUUCUGAGGAAUUUAGAAGACAAGUUCUUGCGUUCUCUGGCUGUGUCCCAGUGGGAGAAGAAAAAGAAGUCAUUUGGCGUACAUGAGAGGGAGAGUGUGGCGUCUACAGAAGCAGAGACGUCUACUGAAGCCGAGCAGCCGGUCUCUAGCUCAGACACCACAGGAUCUAUUAGUGGUCAGGAGUCUCGGGGGGUAAACUUGACCAGGCACACACUGGAGCAGCAAGAGGACACAACGACAGCCCACAAUGAAGCAGAGGGUGGUUUGCAGCGUCAGGGCAGUACAGCGGAACAGCACAGCACCCUCUCUAAUGACAGGAAGUUCAUGUUGGACAUGCUCUACUCCAAAAACAACAUCUCCUCUGGAGGUCUAAAAAGUCCAAGUCUGGAAAGUGCACUUGAGGAUCAUGGGAUCACCAGUAUGGCCGGACGGCUCUCCAGACUGCAGUCGUGCUCUUCUCAGCCCACAGAGGACACGUCCAGACAGGCAGAGCUGGAGAGCCUCGGAGGUACUGCUCAGGCCGCUCGCGCCAGGCUAGCAGAGGAACAAAUGCUCAAGAAGCUGCGUCCACAGUACAGUAUCGAAGCAGAGACUCAUUCACAGAGUUUGGAGAAGACGAUGAUGACACCAUUGUCCAGGGGUAAUCAGGAUGCCUGGGACAAGCUGCAGCCCAGAUCCAGACCUCUGCGGAUUAAAGAUCUGGACUUCUCUGAUCUGAUGGAGGAGGAGGAUAUCGAUGUGCUGGAUAUAGAUACUUUUGACACCGCUUUGCCUAAUGGAGUACUGCCACCCCCUCCUCCAGUGCCAGGACAGGGUUCUGCCCCCCCACCACCACCACCACCACCACCUCCUCCUCCUGGAUGUGCUACUCUGGCUCCACCCCCUCCUCCUCCACCUCCUCCUCCUCCUGGAGGUUUGAGUGUGCCCCCUCCUCCUCCAGGACUCCUUCCUCCAUCCCCGUCUCAGGGGAUUGAUCCGGCUUUUCUAAAGAAACGGAAAACGGUCAAGCUGUUUUGGAAGGAGCUUAAGCAGCCUGACAGCCCCAGGAAGUGCAAGUUUGGGCGGGGCACAGUGUGGGCUUCGCUUGAUAAGGUUGCAGUUGAUACAGCUAAGCUGGAGCACCUGUUUGAGUCCAAGGGCAAGGAACUUCCAGUAGCAAAGAAAUGUGCUGAGGCCAAGAAAGCAGCAAUUUCAGUGCUUGAUCCUAAGAGAAGCAAUGCCAUCAACAUCGGCAUGACUGUUUUGCCUGCUGUACAUGUCAUCAAGAGUGCCAUCCUCACCUUUGAUGAGUUCGCCAUCAGUAAAGAGGGCAUUGAGAAAAUCCUGACCAUGACUCCGACAGAUGAAGAGAAACAGAAGAUUCAGGAGGCACAGCUGGCCAACCCUGACGUACCGCUGGGUUCAGCAGAGCAGUUCCUGCUCACUCUGUCCUCCAUCAGUGGCCUUUCAGCCAGAUUACAGCUUUGGGCCUUUAAGCUGAACUAUGAGACACUGGAGAAGGAGAUUGCAGAGCCUCUUUUUGACCUCAAACUGGGUAUGGAACAACUUGCCAAGAACAAAACCUUCAAGCAUAUCCUCGCAACACUACUGGCCAUUGGCAACUUCCUCAAUAGCUCCAAUGCUAAGGGCUUUGAGCUCAGUUAUUUGGAGAAGGUAACUGAGGUAAAGGACACAGUACACAGGCAGUCUCUGCUUCAUCAUACUUGCAAUUUUGUGGUGGAAAAUUACCCAGAUACGACAGACCUUUACUCAGAGAUCCCUGCUAUUACACGCUCUGCUAAAGUAGAGUUUGAGCAGUUGUCUGAAAACCUGAUUCAGUUGGAGAGAAAAUGCAAAGCCUCCUGGGACAACCUGAAAGUAGUGGCCAAACAUGAAACGAAACCUAACUUGAAAAACAAAAUGACAGAAUUCCUGAAAGACUGUACUGAAAGGAUCAUCAUCCUAAAAGUAGUGCACAGACGCAUUAUUAACAGGUUUCAUUCCUUUCUGCUAUACUUGGGCCAGCCCUCACACUCAGUGCGGGACACUAAAGUAACUCAGUUCUGUAAGAUCAUCAGUGAGUUUGCCCUGGAGUACCGCACCACUCGAGAGAGAGUCCUCACCCAGAAACGCAAACGUGCUGUCCACCGGGAGCGCACCAAAACCCGGGGCAAGAUGAUCACAGAGACAGAGAAGUUUUCUGGAGCAGUUCCACAGCUGUGUCUGGAGGACAGCCUAUCCCCAGUUUCUUCAACAAUAGAAUCAGAGCCAGCCCAAGAGGAGCAUGAGAACAUGAAAAACCUGCUAAUCACCAACGACGACAACAGCAAGCUGCGCAGGAGCCGUGCUGUCCGAAAGAUUCUGACCACUGGUGGUGACACUCUUCCAAUUUCACCAACCCUUCAGUGGAGUGAUGAAGAGGGGCCUUAUGACUCUGACUGCUCUCCUACUUCACCAGUAGAGAGCCAAUCAGCACAGGAUGAUGAUGAUCAUGAAGGUUUAGGCAGGGUUAGCGCACCCAUGUCUGUAGCCAAAGAGGACAGCGCCAGCUCACAGGAUGAUGCCACAGAUGAGAUCAUGGAUCGGCUGUUUAAGUCUGUCACCCAGAAUCCCACAGAGAGGGCGUCUAGUCCAAAAACACGGAAACGUUCGCGGCUUAACCGAAAGUCAUUGCGGAGGACUCUAAAGAGUGGGCUAAGUGUGGAUGUGGUGCAGGCCCUUGGCCUCGGCAGUCCUAACGGGAAGGUCUGAAGCUGUAGGCUUUUGGCUGUGGAAAACUCUUGCAAGGCAGAAAUGAGGCCAUGAGGAGAGCUGUAUUCAUGAUCGGAAGAACUGCGAUAACAAAGGGAUCUUCACUGAAGAGGGAUCCCUGCAUCUAAUUCUGUCCGCCAAUCUAAACAAUUCAGUGGAUGAAUCAUGUGCUUCCAGUUGAAACAAACAGCUGCGUUACUGUACAAAUACCUGAAGUGUGUGCAUGAUAUCUAUUAGACAUAUUAUGAUUUGAUUGGUACAAACUUUAUUUGCAUAGUAUUAAAUAUCAGCCUACGUUUACUGAUGAAGAAUAAAUGUAAAGUGCUAAAUAUUUUUAGCAGAUGGACAUAUAUUAUUUUGUAUAGAGACUUUAGCAUAGAUUGGAGAACAAUUUAUCAGUCAAAGACAUGUAUUUAAGGGUUUGAAAGGUUUUAAGUUAAAACUGCAUUUUUAAAGACAAUUUUUAUACUUUCGCCAUAUCUGUUAUGAUGGCUCGGCUCAAGGUUAGGAUUGUGGAAGCCAGUUACUGAGAUCAGUGCAAUAGGGUAACUCAAACACACUGUUUUCAUGGGCCCAUUAAUGAAGCCGGACCCUGGAUUAAACUGCACUGUUAGUAAUGAUUGGCCAUUAAAAACUCUUUAGUCCUGGACAAGGUUUAAUUUGUGUCUGGAAAGCUGACCCAUGUGCACCUGGAUAGUGUUCAACUGAAUAUCCUGACUACCAAGGAGAUCUUGAUUAGAGAGGACAUAAACUAGGUCACAUGUUUGUUUAUCUUUUAUUUAUCACAGCGCUUUCUUGAUAGGUUUGUGGAUUCUACAACACAGUCGUGUAUUCUGCUGUAUUACAUUUCUGUCCUGAUAUUUAUUAAUGUGCUCAUAGUCGAGAGAAAGGCGGGAGAUUAUUUUUUCAACCAUUCUUUCACAUUUUCAGUUUUUGACGUGUUAGUUUCACCCUUUUAGUUAUUCCAUUGUUAUGGUGUUAUAAGAUUUGUGCAUGGACCACUCUCUCGUUAAAGAGAAAUGUUGCGUUAAAAAGCAAAACAUUUUAUCUUGCCCUUUAUUACUGUUACAAGCACAUAUUUUAAGGAUUUUCUUGGUAUUGCUGUUUUUGCACAGGGGUUUAUGCUAUAAGAAUUUAGAGUCACUAUGAGUCACUCUGUUGUUUUAUGUAUGACCUUAUUACCUGUCUGCAUGAGUGCAUGUGUUCUUCACUCUGAAUGUAUCACUAUUAGCGUGUCCCCGUCACUACUCUCGACACCUGCACAAAUAAAGUUUGUUUGCAAAGAAAUUGCAAGUACAGUACUUCUAAUGUUAGACAUUGUAUUCUGAUUCAGAAUUGUUUUACAAAGACAUGUUGGCCUCGAAACCCAAGACAGUGCUCUGUUUAAAAUUAAAAUAAAUGUUUUAU